AAACGCGGAGCAGACAAAGGAAACGUUGCACAGCUGAGCAGUGGCGGCGCAUCUUCAUGUGAUCGUAUUAUCGAAGAGUCAGGAUCCCAGACUGACUGCGGAGGCCAAACUCCUGGGAAACGAAUGAAGAAACACCUCUUACUUCUCUUCACGUACAGAGGACUAGUAAGAAAAGGGAAAAGGAGUAAAAGAAGAAAAUGGCCAAUUUUAUAUUGCGGAAAGCGGAACCCAAGGACGUGCCCGACAUAUUGCGACUCAUAAAGGAACUUGCUAAAUAUGAGCAAAUGGAGGAUCAAGUCGUGUUGACGGAGAAAGAGCUGCUCGAGGACGGCUUCGGGGAUCACCCAUUCUACCACUGCGUCGUGUCGGAGGUGCCGAGGGACCACAAUGGCGCCAAAGGUCAUGCUGUAGUUGGAUUCGCCAUGUACUACUUCACAUAUGACCCCUGGAUCGGCAAACUGCUAUACCUGGAAGAUUUCUAUGUGAUGGAAGAGUAUCGAGGUUUUGGAAUCGGGUCAGAGAUCUUAAAGUACCUGAGUCAUACGGCCGUGUCGAGCCGCUGCAGCAGUAUGCACUUCAUUGUGGCUGAGUGGAACAAGCCAUCCAUCGAGUUCUACAAGCGGCGCGGCGCCGCCGAUCUCUCGCACGAGGAGGGAUGGCGCCUCUUCAAGAUCGACAAGGAGAACCUGCUCAAGAUGUCCGCCGAAGAGUGAGGGGUGGGGGCCAGGCCCAGAGCCAGCAUGAGCCGGCUGGGGAGCCUCUGCCUUCAUCGCUAGCCUCAAACCCAAUGCUAGUUUGAUCUCGUUUGAUCGCUUCUGCUAUGUAGGAAAGUCGUGCCACCCAGCAAACCACAAUGCUAAUCAGCUCUGCGUGUAAUGCACCACUUCCUGUAAUGCUGCACUAACAUGUACGCUUCUUCCUUUAAUAAAAAAAAUAUAAAUGAAUAAAAGAGUAA